AUGACAAUCAGCAGCAAUAGUGCCCUGGUGCUGCACAGCCGGUUCAAAAACAUGACCCGCAGAUUUCGCUUUUCACCGAGAAGACGCCAGUACUGUGUCCUGACAUCGGCUGUGAUUCUGCUCAUGGUAGUGCUGAGUGUGUUGGGCUACCUUUUAAGUGGUAUGCACUACUGUUUUGACGUGCUGGUUGAGUGGAAGAUAUCGAAAAUAUGCAACCAGUACUACACGAACGACAUCACUGGCUACAUGUGCCCGGAACUGUGUGCCGGUGAUACAAUCUCGGAGUUCCACUGUCCACCGGCCCCACAAACAGCCAACUAUCCCUUCAAUCCUAACCGCUUUCUGGCACGUAAAGCCCAACAGUUGGUGGUGGUGAAGCACGCAGUACCGGACGCAAGCUACGAGAAGCUAUCCUGGAUCGAUAGUCACCGCCAGGAGGAACACUUUCCCACGGAAUCGGAGUACGUGGGCAUCGUGCGGCGGUACAUCGAGUUGCGGUACAAUCUGCAGCUACCGUUCGAUAAGCUGAACGGUUUGCUUAAACUAAAGAACAAAAACAAUCACAUCCUGUUUCGGGCCAGCAUGCGCAAUAGCUGGAACCUAAUCCAGAACAACGAGUACCUGUUGAGCCGGUUGUACGAGGAGAAGGAAAUCUUCCCGCAGGUGAUCGGUACGUGCGGUGAUCUAUUCCUAACCGAGCUGCUCGAUACGGUUGAGUUCGAUGAGCGACGGUACCAUUUUACCAACCAUAUCGAUCUGUCCAAGUGGCGGUACCAUCUGAAGGUGGCGGUGCUGAUACUGGACUAUCUCGAGGAUAUGGCACAGAAUCGGUUCCAGAUGUGCUCGGUACUGUUGGCGGGAUUCGGUAUUAGUGAUAGUCGGAUGAAGUACCACGACUUGCGGUACAUCAGUACGGAAGCGUUCAUCGAUCGACAGCUUUCCGAUGGACGGUGGUGUGCGGAUGAUGCCGACUGUAGCUAUCAUGAUUGUCGCAGCCGGUGCAACACCACUAGCCGCACGUGUACGGCGGGAUUGCUUAACAAUAAUCUUCAAAUUGUUUGCGAAAAGAUAUUUCGAGGUACUACCACGGAACCGGGCAUUUUGGUGACGGAAAAGAGUCCCAAUCGGUUGCUUCGCAUCCUAGAUCGCUGUGCACAGCCUGUUAGCAGAUCGGACGUCGAUACUGCCCGUCCAUGGGGUGCCUCGAAGACGCUGAAGAAGCAGCUGUACAAUGAGCUGACCGGGAUUUACGAACAGCUUGCCUCGUCGCUUUACUCCUAA